CCUGGCAUGAGGUUUACAUCGGAUUUAUUUUUAUCCGGCACCGAGGCUUAAAACCGUGUAGGUUAUAAUGUUACUUUUCUUGCUAGCGAUUGACGGAAAUUUCAAUAAAUUGUUUGUUUAUUUGUUAUUGUACGACAUCAACGGACAAAUCAACCCGUAGCAAGUGUGAGAUGUUUCCGGGCGUGAUGUUUGUCUGGUAAUAGAUCGGACCUUUGAUCGCUAGCUGUUAGCGUUAGCAUUAGCGUUAGAUUCCAAGACUAGAGAGGAGUUCUGCUUGGGUUCACUUGACGAUGGCGGAGCCUUCAACGUCCCGUGUUUGUGUCCGCCAGACUCGGACCGAAGUAGAAGAAUUAAUCGAAGAAAUAGAGGAAACAACUCAGUGUAAAUAUGUCAGCGUCUGCAACGACAGAAACUUCAACGACAUGAAAUGGCAGCCAACUGCAAAGAACAGAGUCUUCUUUGAGAAGAAGAACGAUGGGAAGUCUCCAACCAUCUCCUUCACUGGGAUACCAUUUAUUUUCAUUGGGAGCAUGUCUUUUGAAUGUCACUUAGGUAAAGACAGAGCAAAAAGAAAGAAGGAGCGAUAUGCACAGAAGAACACAUCUGGAGACAAUUUGGACAAGAAAAGAAGAUAUUUGGCCCAAGACACCAAAAAGAUUGGCUGCCCUGCGGAGCUCAAGGUGACGAGAGUGGCCAUGUUCCCCAAACACAAGAUCCUGAAGGACAGUGUGUGGGAAAGAAAGCGUGCAGGACAAGCUCUUAGGAGCAUUCUACAGGAGAACAAGCUAGUCGCCUGGGAAAACACAUACUAUGUGUUGGUCCCACGGCUGGAGGAUCAUGUGGGCCACCCCGUCCUGGGAGAGGUGGCGUGUGCUCGUGAAGCAGCCAACCCUGUGGUGGAGGAGCGGAUAAAGGAGCUGUUACGACAAGGAGUGAGAAGCGUCAGCGAGAUGCGCAGGCACAUCCGAGCGUUUGUGAAGGACAAGCUGUACAGCGGCGAUAAGCCUCUGCCGCUGACGAGGUACCGCUACUACACCCUGCACCAGAACCUGAGGAACAUCAUGAAAACGGCCAAAGACGCUGCCGCUCACUCUAGUGACGAUGAGGAGAAACUGCAGAUGUUUGUGAGGACGUGGAGAGAGAGAGAUCCUGAGGACAAAUUCUUUGUCAGGCCACGUCGCGAGGGAGAAGAGUUCCUUCUGUGCUACCAGGCCAAGUGGCAGCAGCGACUUCUGAAGCUCUACGGGCAGGACGUCUGCCUCCUUGGCGCUUUAUCGCACAAGGCCGCGCAGAUGUCGUUCUUUCUCCUGUGGGUUCGCACAAACGUGUGCCACGUCGCUGUGGCAGCUUUUGUUGUCCAGCGUGAGACCAAGGACGCGGUGUCAGAGGCCCUACAGCUGCUGAUGGCCUGGAACGAGGGCUGGGCCCCAGGCCACUUCAUGGUGGAUUUCAGCUCGGCACAGAUCGAUGCUGUGGAGCGCGUGUUCACAGGUUGCAGAGCUGCUGUGUGUUAUUUCCACCUGGAGAAGGCAUGGGGGGAGUGGAUGAGAGAAGCAGACCAUGGGGUGCAGAACCAAGACCAGGCUUUAGACUCCCUGAGAAAAGUCAGUGCCGCUGACUCUGUCCACAUGUAUGAGCAGUCACUAAAGGAGCUGCAGGACAGCGAGGAGUGGGCCAGAAAUCCUCUCUUCCAGAAAUGGUUUCAGACGACAUGGCUGCCUGAGUCGAAGAGAUGGGCUGCGGCGUUUCACGAGGAGUCACUGCAACACAACAUCGUAGCCAACAAUGGGGUCGAGCGGCUAAAUGAGGCGUUCAAGUACAGGCACCUGGACAAUUAUAAAACCAGCAGCAUAAGUGAAAUGAUGACCGUCAUCGUCAGUGAUUUCAUCCCUCAGUUGCAAAAGAAGUACAUCCAGCUGAACAUCCAACAUUCUUCUGGGGACACUGCUGGUUUGCCAACCUUCCUUCACAACCGACCCAGUGACAUGGUGAUGCACAUCAAAGACCGAAUGGCUGCAGAUCUAGGUCUUCACCAAAUCUCAGAAGUGUCUCUUGGAACGUUCAAGGUGACCACUGAGGGCGACCAAGGAAGUCAUGUCGUCACACUGGGGUCUAACGCGACUCUGCCAUCGUGCAGCUGUGAAGACUGGAAGCGAAGCAGACUUCCAUGUAAACACUUCUGCGCAGGCUUCAGAGCUGGCUGGAAAUGGGAAGACCUCUGCCCACAGUACAGAGACAGCCCACUGUUCACCCUCGACCCUGUCUGCUUCAGCUGCAGCGCUCCAGCUCCGCAGCCUGAGGAGGAAACCCUGCACGUUCCAGAUAGCAGCCAGACAGAUGAACAAAUGUCAGAUGGUGAAGACUAUGAAUCUGUGAAAAGGGAGGGAAAUUCAAACAACACCCUUGAUCGUGACCCAGGCACUAAAGCGCUACCGCAAGAUGAUUCACAAUCGCUGCAGGCACUUCCAGAAAUAACAAAAGCAAUGGAAGCAGUCAACAGAACCAAGAGACGAUGCAUUGAACUUCUCAAGGCCUUGAGUGACACAAUAAUUUUUGUGGACAAUCAGGACUUCUUACAAAACCUGGAAAUUACUUUGGAGGACGUGGUAAUGGAGUUAAAAGAACAUGCUCCACGUGACCAAAGGCCGGCGCUAAACACCAGUACGAAGAGACGAAAACGUAAAAGUGCAGGAGGAAACCGUGAUGCUGCCCCACAAUUAAAAAGGUCCAAACAUGUGCACACAAACACAGCCGGUGCGACGGGCAAAAGCUCAGCACAGGAGAAGGAUAAGGUCCCAUUGCGCUCGAUGUCUCAACCCCAGACAGACGCUUUGCAGGGUAAGUCCUGUACGCGUGAGGAUGAGCUAGACGUAGAACUGCCAGAGAGGCCGCUGUCAGGAGCCUGGCGUAAAGUGGGAGCGACGGUUUUAACCCGUGCUGAUGAGUUCCUGCUUCUAACUGGGCGACGGCUCAACGACAAGCACAUUAAUGCGAGCCAGUGUCUUCUGAGGGAGGAGUUUCCGUUUGGGGAAGGACUUAACGACCCGGAUCGGCUUCCUGUCGACGCAGCUCGAGUCCCGGCGGCAACAGAUGCCGUCCAGAUCCAUCGCGUCGGUCGACACUGGCUGGUGUCGGCUGCAGUCAGAAACCACGUCCAGGUGUAUGACUCUCUGCUGCCGGGAGGGUGCACUCCCCUGACCCUGAGGCAGCAGCUUGCUGCCAUCUACAGGAGGUUCUGCAGGGGUCCCGAUGGAGUCAUCCAUGUGCAGAUGAAAUGUGCACAGAAGCAGCAGCGGGCAGUGGACGGUGGACUCUUCGCUAUUGCAAAUGCAGUGUCUUUGGCGUCGGGCAUCGAUCCUGCCGAUGUCCAGUACAACCAGAAGACGAUGAGAACCCAUCUCCACGUGUGCCUCACAAAGAGAAAGCUCAAGAUGUUCCCGCACACGCAAAGAAAAUCCAGGUGCACGACAGCAGAGAGGCGCGAAACACUGAGCAAGUACUGCAUCUGUCACCGGUACCAGGAGCGAGCGGACAUGGUGCAGUGUGACAAGUGCCACGGCUGGUACCACUCCAGCUGUGUGAAUGUGGCUCCACAGAUGAUUACAAAUAAGUACCAGUGCCCCCAGUGUAGCUGAGCUGUGGCUGUACACCAGGUUAUAUCAAUAUAUUGGUGUUCAUGAUAUGAAUAUGGAUUAAAUACAAGCCAACACACAAAGCAAAA